AUGCUAUGGGAGAGUUCUAAGGAGAUUCCGAUUGCGACGAUAUCUUGCAGCAUUUCCAGCAGCGAGGAGAAUCACGCUGGAUAUGUCCGAUCAUCUAUAUGGUUGCUGACCCUGGUUGUCCCUGGCGACGUAGUUGUGAUACUAUUGCUGACUAUGGUUAUCUUUGGUGAUAUAGAUGUUAGAUGUAACUCUUGCUGUCCUGACGAAAUAGAUUUAGCUGUUGUCCUUGUCGAUAUAGAUGUUGGAGCACUUAACGCUGAUAUAGAUGAUCAAAUCCAGCUUGCCGACCAACAGUGGACCUACCCGCCUCCCGAUACAUAUUCAAAAAAUUGGCCACGGUUUCUCCUGCGUUUGGAAUUGUUUGAUGAAGCCUCUUCACAACUAUGCGAUCGCUGUCUCAACAUCGACCUAAAUAUCACUCUUGCUUCGCUACAUGAUCCAAAGGAUGGCUGUGCUCUCUGUCAACUCCUUUCCACAUACCUCAACAAGGAUGAUAUCAAGGAGCCUGAGAUGCGACUUCUUGAUUCCCGGGCCUGCGUAAGGAUCUGCGCUGUACCCGGAUGGUGCCGAGACGCGUCACUUCAACCCGGACUUCCUGGAUUUCUAAAAUCGGGUAGUCCGAGUUAUUUCCGGUUAAUCAGGGAGUGGCUUCGACUUUGUGAUAAUGGCGAAUGUUCGCGCAGCGGUGGAUGCUGUCCUAGGCCUAUAGGUGCUCCAAUGCCAACCCGGCUCAUUGACGUGAGAAAACACGAGGUUGGCAGCGACACCGUGCGCCUCAUCUUGGCAGACGAAAUGGGACAAGGAUUACGCUACGUUGCCCUAUCCCAUUGCUGGGGCAAGCCAACGAAGGAACAGAAAGACUAUUGGUGCACUACACGCAGCAACUUGGAAGCUAGGACUCGCGGAUUCCUUGUUGAACAGUUGCCGGCGACAUUUCAAGAUGCGGUCAGAGUCACUCGAGAACUCCGCCAGCCAUACCUCUGGAUCGACUCGCUUUGUAUCAUUCAAGGCGACGAUAAGGACUGGGAAACCGAAGCCAAGAAUAUGGAAACGGUCUUCAGGAACGCUUACUGUACGAUUGCUGCCACCUCAGCCGAAGACUCAACCAAAGGGUUUCUCAACCGACCAGUGGAACAGUCAGACUUGCAAUACGUGACAGUGCCCAACUCCUCACAUGGCAGAGUCUACGUUUGCGCAUCUCUAGAUGAUUUCUCUGGCGACGUGGAGAAGGGUAUCUUGAAUACGCGGGCGUGGGUGUUGCAGGAACGAGCCUUGUCACACCGAACAAUCCAUUUCACGAAAAGGCAAACCUACUGGGAGUGUGGCGGUGGGGUGCGUUGCGAAACACUAACUUACAUGCGAAGAGCAAACUUCUUUUCCUUAGAAUUCCCUCAAUCUCUCUUUGCGAAAUACUCGAACCUGGGUCUUACGAAGGAGACAGACAGGCCCGUUGCGAUUCACUCACUACUCAUGGCGUUGGCCAAAGCUUACAAUACCCAAGUCAUUCACGGCAUCUUUGAAGUUGACUGGCGCACAAGUCUCAUGUGGCAACGGUCUCAGAACCCCAUGAAGCGGAUAUCUUUCGGGUCCAGUCAGCCGCCUCCAUCGUGGUCCUGGAUGGCAUACGACGGGCAGAUUAAGUAUCCGAAAAUAGAAGAUAUUGGGUGGACUUCCAUUGACUGGGAUCGGAGCUUUAUGCUGGCAUGGAACUGGGAGAAUAAUUGCCACGUCUUGAAGGCUCAAGUGAAACGGCUUCAAGAUUGCGAGGUCAAACAUGAGGGUUUGGAACAUAUUAUUCAAGAUGAGAACGGUGAUGAAGUCGCGCAUCUGUGGUUUGACCAAGAAAAGAGGGCUUUGAUAGGUGUAUGCCAAUUUGCAACUGAACCUGGUGCUACGACUGUAAUUGACUCGGGCUGA